AUGCCCACGCAUGGCCCGCCGUCCCCGAUCCUCCAGAAAAGCGUCAAGCGUCAGCGGCAGGACUCGUACGACGGCACGUCAUCGCGCAACGGCUUCUCAAGUCCUGAGCAGCCAGCCGGCGAUGCGAAUCUAGGAGGGGCGACGAGCGGCGGCAGUAGCAGCAGCGGCCGCAGCGAGGCUGGUGCCUCGGCAUCGUACCCCGGCAUCCCUGUCACCUCUGACUCUGUUCCUGGCCCUGGCCAUGGUCAUGGUCAAGGUCAUGAUUCCAGUGCCGGCGACGGCGCAGCUGAUACUGCCAUUGUUGAUGAUGCCGCCGCAAACACCAACACCAACACCGGCACCGCCCCUGCCGCCGGCUCCGACAGCAUUGUGCCGACUGGCAAGCCUGGCCAAAGCAGCAACUUCCGCAAUGUGAGCGCUUGCAAUCGCUGUCGCCUGCGGAAGAAUAGGUGUGAUCAGAAGCUUCCCAGCUGUGCGAGCUGCAACAAGGUUGGCGUCCCAUGUGUUGGCUAUGACCCAAUCACGAAGAAGGAGAUUCCUAGAAGUUAUGUCUUCUAUCUUGAAACCCGUGUUGAGGUGCUGGAGAAGCUCUUGGCGUCAAAUAACAUUCCUUUCCCGCCAGCUGAAGAUCUAGACCUAUGCUCUCGUCCUGGCGCCGAUGGGAGUUUUCCAACCCUACGCGACUCGGGAUACUCGGCGCAAACCGACUCUGUGGACGCCCGCAACUCAAGACCUCACAGCCAUCACAGUCAGGCACUGGAUAAUGCGCUGCUCCCUGCGAAGAAGCAGGGCGACCAGAGUCCAGCUAUGCUGAACAUUGUCAGUCCGACAAAGCCUCGAUCACUCGCCUCCACAUCUGGAGUUUCGUUCGCUCGUGUAGUGUUUGCUGCGGUGCAGUAUUCAGUAUCAGACCAAAACGGUGGGCCGGAGAAGCCCGUCUCUUCAAAUCCUUCAAACCCGGCUGGGGCCGGAACUUCGAUGCGUGACUCCUUCUUCGGUUUGCACACUCGACCAACCAUUCAGCCAGCUACAUUCCCGGCUAGAGAUGUGGCCAUACGCCUCGUCACGCUUUACUUUGAGCAUGCCAAUCCUCAGAUCCCCAUCCUGCAUCGCGGCGAGUUUAUGCGCAUGUUUGAACGGGCGUACGCAAGCGAGGGGCGAGGCCUCACUGCGAGAGAGCUGUAUAUGCUCAACAUGGUCUUUGCCAUAGGCUGCGGCGUCAUCGUGGGCGAGCCGGUCAAGGCGGAGGCUCCCGGAGGCGCAAGGAUACAGUUUCAGCAGACUCGAAAUCAGAGCAGGCCCGAGGAGUAUCAUGCGAGCGCAAUUGUCCACCUUGAGGAAUGCCUCAGCAGCAGUGGAGGUGGGCUCGAGGUUCUGCAGGCCGUUCUUUUGCUCGCCAACUUUGCGCUUCUGCGGCCUGUUCCACCAGGCUUGUGGUAUAUAGUGGGCGUUGCGGUGCGUCUCGCGGUCGACCUUGGCCUCCACCACGAGGAUGGCACGGAUAUAGAGGGAAAUGGACAGGAUGCACCGGACCAUUCCGUGUCACGAGACUCUAAUGGCGGCAGCUCAGAUAGAGGGAGACGCCUCUGGAUCCGCGAUAUGAGACGCCGAUUAUGGUGGUGCACCUAUUCGUUUGACAGGCUCGUGAGCACCUGUGUAGGCAGGCCGUUUGGCAUAAGCGACCAAGUCAUCACAACAGAAUUUCCCUCGGUCCUCGACGAUGCCUUUAUCACACCGAAUGGUUUUAUAGAUCCGCCUUCCGGCGAGGAUCACCCGAGCUAUAAACGCGUUGCCCACCAUUACUUCAGGCUACGCAUGCUACAGUCGGAGAUUCUUCAGGUGUUGCAGUAUAACCAAGCGCAAAUUGCCAGGACGACAGGAGCUCAGGCGAGGUCACUGGAUCUAGAAAGGAACAGACUACUACCAUCCCCGUAUCUUGUUCAAUUUGAUUCAUACCGGUCAUGGCGCAUGGAUAUCGACCGGAGGCUUCGCGAAUGGAAGGACAGCGCGCCUUCGAAGCAAGACACCGGAGUGGCCUUUUCGACCGAGUUCCUCUUUCUCAACUACUGGCAGGCCAUCGUUCUGCUGUAUAAGCAGAGCUUGAGCAUCCCCGCCAUGUUUGAGGGAGAGUACAACCCUUCAAACGAAGUCAACAGCCCAACGGCGUUCACUGCUGAGCUACGCGAAGACGAGGAGCGCAUAUACCUCAAGGUCGCCGAAGCGGGCCAAAAGAUUCUCCGCAUAUAUAGACAGUUGCACCUGAGCAGUCUCGUAAGCUAUACAUAUUUGUCUACGCACCAUUUGUUCAUGGCUGGCAUAUCAUAUCUUUACGCCAUCUGGCAUUCUCCUGCUGUGAGAAGCCGCCUGACUAUGGACGAAGUAGAUUUUACCGUACUGGCAGCAAAGUCAGUAUUUACCGACAUGAUUGACAAGUGCCCGCCGGCAGAGACAUGCCGCGACGCUUUUGAUCGAACGGCCAAGGCUACCAUCCAAAUGGCCACCUCAAAAGGAGGGUUUGGUUCACCUAUCCCGCAAACCCGACGGCCGCCGACAAGACGGGAGACGAGCACCUGGGCCCCCACUCCCGCAGACAUGGCCCCCAAGAAGCCGACGUCUCGGCAUCGCCAUCAUCACCAGUCUGAGCAGCAGCAGCAGCAGCAGUUCCAGUUUGACAUUCCCAUGGGUGACAGUCUGUCAUCGCCCAGCCUCUCGACAGCGGGGGAUAUAGCCACUCCGCCGCUAGCAAUGGCUCAUUCUCACUCUCACAGCCACGGCCGGCCAAGCCCUUCGCGGCGGACAGGCAGCUACGACGAUGGCGGCUCAGUCAUGGAACAGUCGAUGAUUGCGUCGCCGUCUGUGCCGCGGAGCCAGGCUACACCGGGCAGUACUAGCGGCGGGAACCCGUACAUGGCUCAGCAAAACCAGCAGUUUGGCAUCCAGGGGCACAUGGAGUACCCGGAUGCGCAAACCAUGGAGCUUCUGCAGACGUUUGGGACGGGGUCCAACGGCGGCUUCGGGGGCAUGGACCAGGCCCAGAUGGACUUUGGCUUUGGCAUAAACUGGGAGGGCGUGCACAACGACUAUGCGGAGGCUGCACAGCCGAUGAAUCCCUUUGAUACGUUUUUCUUUGGCGGGCCUCAGGGGGGCAACGCCGGAUUUGGCUCGUCGAAUGGCGAGGGUGGGCAUUCGGGAGGGAACGACAUGUGA